AUGGAACAUAAUCUAAAAGAAAAUGAUUCGGAAAAUUCUAUAUACUAUGGAAAAUGUAUAGAUUGUGGAAAUGAACGAAGAAGUGUGGGGUGGUGUAACGUAUGUGAUGUUAAUGCUUUUAAGGAAAAUUUCGGAAAUUGGACAAGUG